AUGGCGUCGAGUUUUUUUUUGCCUGAUGUAGAGACAGCUGCAGAUGGACUUCUGUUGUUUUUAGAGGACAGCGACAAAGCUACAAAGAUCCCCACGCCUCCGCAAGGCUCACGAGCCAGAUAUCGCUACGCUUUCCAUGACGUGACAUGCAAUCGCCCAGGGUCAACACACAGCACCAAAGCCGACCGACCCCCACGACGUCGAGACCAUCGAUACCUGCCAAUUAACAAAGCCGACACAAGCGACCCGAAGCUCGCGCUUAUAACCCCCAACGUACGCAAUGCAGCCAGAAAACGUGUGCGCGCAGGGGAAGGCUCGGCUUCAAUGUUUCUCUCUAAUUCGCCUUCGCCAAGCCGUAGCCUAUUACCCUAUACGGAUGAACAAAACGACAACCUUACAAUUCCCAUCGCAAUAGUUGACUCGCAAAAUGCUUAA